UUCAGAUUAGGCGCUUUCGGAACUUUUCAAAUUUGGAACUUCAACCCCGCUCCCACAUAUUCGCCAGUGCUUGUUACUCUAUGACAACAAGUGGGACCGGGUAACAACAUUUAGCAAUGAUCGAUCAAACGUGUAUGAAUGUGGAUACGACUAUCUUAUCCUGAAAGAUCGAAGGCCUCGGCAUAAGCCUCACCUUGUCGCCUCUCUGGCAGUCUCGACUCUGCAUUAGCCGGAGGUUCGACAUUUUAAUACUCGUACUCAUAGUUAGUGCAAAUCGGUAAUACAUCGAGUCCGGCAUCACAUGCGACUCCCUUUGAUUGCUCAUUCAAAAAAUAUUGCAGGUUCAUAACCGCCGCGUUUCUUCUAAUAUGGGUUUGUACGGUUGUUCGCCGAAAGUAACAGCGAUCGUUGCCGGACUUUUUACCCUGGUCCAGAGUUUGCUAUGGGUAAUAUUGGGGAUAAUUUCACUGCUCGUAUAUUCCUGCAAAAUUUACGUAACGACAGAAACUCUACUGGCGUACCGGCUGUACUUGGUUUAUCUUUACAGUGGCGAAUGCGGUUCUGCGGAAAUUGAGGUCGAGACUGACAACGGGACGGUCGUCCUUGCAUGGCCAGAAAGUGGCGCGUCAGCCUCGGGAAGGACUUACGCAUGGAUAGUGGUUUACCUGGUGCUCAGUUCGUUCUGGUUUAUAGCGGCCCUUCUUCUGCUCAUUGCGUCAUGGUCGGAUGUGAGGGGACCGAAGGGUCUGAAACUUCGAGGGCCAUGGCUAGUCUUAACGAGUAUCUUCCUGGUCCUCGAUGUGAUCACAUCACUCCUGUACGCAAUUGACAUAACAUACACAAGUGAUUUGCUCGGCCUUUUGGAAUUCGUUGGUGGUCCUAUGCUUGACACAAUAUCGUCAUCCUCGACUAGUCCAACAUUCGAAUAUUUCACGAUGGCGCCCUCCAUCAUUGCUCUGAUCAUUUUCUCCAGAGGAAUUAUCGGCUGGACACUAAAUCUCACAAUACUUGUCCAUGUAGCUCAGGAUAUCAGGCAACGCGAGCUGCCGCCUCCGCCCACGGUUCCAGAGCCCCGUCAGCCGUACCAGGAAUAUCUGAAGAAAUUAUCAACGGUGGGUCCGGUCCCCGACAUAAAAUGGGACCCUUACCAGCGAAAACGGUCCGAACUGCCGGUCCUAAAGCCGCUAAAAGUCCCGUCUCCCCCGAACGAGAGAAAGAGGAAACAAUCGGACUACCAGCAAUACAUGUUCUACGCGAAUCAUCCCCCUAAGCUUAAUUACCUGGAUGAUAUAAUCUCGGAGCCACCGACCCCCGCGGUAGGCGCGGUGCCGACAACCACGAGAGCUUGGCCGAUAACAGCAAACCAGGAGAAAAAGUCGGAUGAUUUAAAGUCGUCUAAAACGACAGCUGAAAAUCAGGCCGUUCCAGAGCCUGAUUACGAGUCUGAUUUUCCCGCCAUGCCCGAAUUUUCGACACUACCCAGCAGGUCUGCGCAUGGAUUAAACAGAGACGGCGCGUAAUGCUUCGAGUAAGUUUGGAUGAAGAUACCCGGAAAUGACGUAGUAUGUCUAUAUAAGUACAUAAUUUAAUUAAAGUCACGUCACUUAGACGGUACUUAACGGUAAUUAAUAUUGUAGUAUAUCGUGUAUAUUCACAUGUGACAAUAACUGCAAGCAUGUUUUGCUAAUUUUUUUUUUUUUUCUCAUAUAUCUCUGAUGAUAUUCUUUCUACGAAAAUCGCUGUAUAUAUUAUGCAUACAAUAUGAUCAUACAUUACGUAAUUAU